GGGGAGCCGCGGCUGCCGCCUCCUGCUCCGUCCCCUCCCACUCGCACGGCCCCUUCCUCCCUCCUUUCCCUGCUGCUCGCGUUUCCUGCCGCUCCGGCUCUCCCGGCCGCUAAAAGUUCUUCCCAACUUUUCCUCCCCGAGCGGGCGCAGCGGGCGCAGGCGUGGGGGCAGGUUGCUGCGCUCCUGCUCGCUCAGCUGCCUGCCCUCUGGGCUCAGGUCCACGGGGAGCCGCAGACACAAAGUGGCCGCUGGCGAUCCUUCCCCUCCCACCUCUGCCAUCCCCCCCGGCCUCCUCGCCUCGGCCCCCCUCCGGCGGGACAGCCCCGGGCUUGGGUGGCUCUCCUUUUCUCCUGCUCCGUGCGCCCCUGCGCCGACUCUCGCGCCGGGAUCGCGGCGGAAACCUCCCUCCCCUUUCGCCUCCUCCGGCUCCUACCGUCCGCCCCUCCUCCGCCAGCCACUGGAAUCAAUUCCUUGGGGAAUUGGGGCUCUGCCGCCGCCGCGGAGGACAGCCUUUCCGCGCGGGACUCCAGGGCACCGACGGAGCCAUGUAAGCAGUUCCUUCCGUUAUAGGCUGAAAAAAGAGUUGAUGAGCCCUGAGUUCGUACAUUCAAAGACUGAAUACUGACACUUGCACUAGAUUUACUUUUGGCCCAUCCUGCAGAGUGCCACACCGGGCAUGGCCACCUCUUUCUGUGUCUGGAGGUGCACAGCUGGUAACCCCAUCGCCCAGUCCUGAAACUGCUGAGGCCGUCUCGGCGGCGGGGCACCAGGAUCGGAGGAAGGCGUCCGGGGGGCCACUGAGUCAUGCCUUUCGGCCUGAAGCUCCGCCGGACACGGCGCUACAACGUCCUGAGUAAGAACUGCUUUGUCACCCGGAUCCGCCUGCUGGACAGCAAUGUCAUCGAGUGCACACUGUCGGUGGAAAGCACGGGGCAGGAGUGCCUGGAGGCCGUGGCCCAGAGGCUGGAGUUGCGGGAGACACACUACUUUGGCCUUUGGUUUCUCAGCAAGAGCCAGCAAGCACGAUGGGUGGAGCUGGAGAAACCUCUGAAGAAACAUCUGGACAAAUUCGCUAAUGAGCCUCUGCUUUUCUUCGGAGUCAUGUUUUAUGUGCCAAAUGUGUCAUGGCUUCAGCAAGAGGCCACAAGAUAUCAGUAUUACCUGCAAGUCAAAAAAGAUGUCCUCGAAGGACGAUUACGGUGUACCUUGGAACAGGUGAUCCGGCUGGCUGGCUUAGCUGUGCAAGCUGACUUUGGAGACUAUAAUCAGUUUGAUUCUCAAGAUUUCCUCAGAGAAUAUGUGCUGUUUCCUAUGGAUUUGGCCCUGGAAGAGGCUGUUCUGGAGGAGCUAACGCAGAAGGUAGCUCAGGAACACAAGGCCCACAGUGGAAUCCUGCCGGCCGAGGCCGAGCUUAUGUACAUCAACGAAGUGGAACGUUUGGAUGGAUUUGGACAGGAAAUCUUCCCCGUGAAGGACAAUCAUGGAAACAGUGUGCACCUGGGCAUUUUCUUUAUGGGAAUUUUCGUGAGAAACAGAAUUGGAAGACAAGCUAUAAUACACAGGUGGAAUGAUAUCGGGAAUAUCACUCAUAACAAGUCGGCCAUUCUCGUAGAGCUCAUCAAAGAGGAGACCACGCUCUUUCACACGGAUGAUAUUGAAAAUGCCAAGUAUAUUUCUCGGUUGUUUACUACACGGCACAAGUUUUACAAACAAAACAAAAUCUGCACUGAACAAUCGAAUUCUCCACCCCCCAUCAGACGCCAGCCCACGUGGAGCCGAUCCUCACUGCCGCGGCAGCAGCCAUAUAUCUUGCCUCCCAUGCACGUCCAGUGUGGUGAACACUACUCGGAAACACAUACUUCGCAAGACAGCAUUUUCCAUGGGAAUGAGGAUGCCUUCUACUGCAAUUCCCACAACAGCCUGGACUUAAAUUACUUGAACGGCACCAUCACCAAUGGCAGCGUGUGCAGCGUCCACAGCGUCAACUCCCUGAACUGCUCCCAGAGUUUCAUUCAGGCGUCUCCCGUGUCCUCCAACCUCAGUAUCCCUGGGAGUGACAUCAUGCGGGCCGACUACAUCCCAAGCCAUCGGCACAGCGCCAUCAUCGUGCCAUCUUACCGGCCGACCCCCGAUUACGAGACGGUCAUGCGCCAGAUGAAGAGGGGGGUCAUGCGCAUGGACAGCCAGAGCCAGUCUCUGCGAAAUCUCAACAUCAUCAACACCCACGCCUACAACCAGCCAGAGGAUCUGGUGUACAGCCAGCCCGAGAUGAGGGAGAGGCACCCCUACACUGUCCCUUAUGGGCCACAGGGAGGCUACAGUAACAAACUUAUUGGUCCAUCCGACCAGAUAAACCCAAAGAAUAAUUCGGUGCCCAGCAAGCCUGGGGCGAGCGCCAUCUCACACACAGUCAGCACCCCAGAGCUAGCCAACAUGCAGCUCCAAGGCACCCAUCACUACAACACGGCCCACAUGCUCAAAAACUAUCUCUUCAGGCCACCGCCCCCCUACCCCCGGCCCCGCCCUGCCACCAGCACCCCAGACCUCGCCAGUCACCGCCACAAGUAUGUCAGCGGCAGCAGUCCCGACCUGGUGACCCGCAAAGUGCAGCUGUCAGUGAAGACCUUCCAGGAAGACAGCUCUCCAGUGGUGCAUCAGUCCCUGCAGGAAGUGAGCGAGCCCCUCACGGCCACCAAGCACCACGGCACGGUCAACAAGCGCCACAGCCUGGAGGUGAUGAGCAGCAUGGUGCGGGGCAUGGAAGCCAUGACGCUCAAGUCGCUCAACAUCCCCAUGGCUCGCCGCAACACGCUCCGGGAGCAGGGGCCGCCCAAGGAGGCGCCGGGGGCCCACGAGGUUCCGCAGCUGCCCCAGUAUCACCACAAGAAGACUCUCUCUGACGCCACGAUGCUGAUCCACAGCAGUGAGAGCGAGGAGGAGGAGGAGGCUGCGGAGUCGGCGCCCCAGAUCCCCGGGCUCCGCGAGAAGAUGGAGUACAGCGCCCAGCUGCAGGCGGACCAGGUUAGCCAUCCCCCUGCCAUCGCGAGAGCCAGGUUGCUGAGACACGGGCCCGCCAAGGCCAUCAGUAUCUCCCGCCCUGACCAGCUGGCCGUCAACGGGGCCUCUCUUGGUCCAUCCAUCUCAGAACCCGACCUGACAAGCGUGAAGGAGCGGGUCAAGAAAGAGCCCGUGAAGGAGAGACCUGUGUCUGAAAUGUUUUCGCUGGAGGACAGCAUCAUAGAAAGAGAGAUGAUGAUCAGGAAUCUAGAGAAGCAGAAGAUGGCAGGCCUGGAGGCGCAGAAGAGGCCACUGAUGUUGGCAGCGUUGAAUGGACUCUCGGUUGCUCGGGUCUCGGGGCGGGAAGAGAGUCGAGUUGAUGGCACACGAGUUCCCAUGGACGAGAGGUUCAGAACCCUGAAGAAGAAGCUGGAAGAGGGAAUGGUGUUCACGGAGUAUGAGCAAAUUCCAAAGAAAAAGGCAAAUGGCAUUUUCAGUACAGCGGCUCUGCCAGAAAAUGCUGAGCGCAGCCGGAUCCGCGAAGUGGUCCCCUACGAGGACAAUCGAGUAGAGCUGAUACCGACCAAAGAGAAUAACACAGGUUACAUUAAUGCCUCUCACAUCCGGGUGGUGGUCGGUGGGGCAGAAUGGCACUACAUAGCCACCCAGGGGCCCCUGCCACACACAUGCCACGACUUCUGGCAGAUGGUGUGGGAGCAGGGAGCGAACGUGAUUGCCAUGGUCACCGCCGAAGAGGAGGGCGGACGAACUAAGAGCCACCGAUACUGGCCCAAACUGGGUUCAAAGCACAGCUCAGCUACCUAUGGCAAGUUCAAGGUCACCACAAAGUUCCGAACAGAUUCUGGUUGCUAUGCAACCACAGGCUUGAAGGUCAAGCACCUUUUAUCUGGGCAGGAAAGGACGGUGUGGCAUUUGCAAUAUACUGACUGGCCAGAUCACGGCUGCCCAGAGGAUGUCCAAGGAUUUUUGUCCUACUUGGAGGAGAUCCAGUCGGUCCGUCGCCAUACCAACAGCAUGUUGGAAGGCGCCAAGAACCGGCACCCUCCGAUCGUCGUCCACUGCAGCGCCGGAGUGGGGAGGACCGGCGUGGUCAUCCUCUCCGAGCUGAUGAUCUACUGCCUGGAGCAUAAUGAAAAGGUGGAAGUGCCUAUGAUGCUGAGGCUCCUCAGGGAGCAGAGGAUGUUCAUGAUCCAGACCAUCGCUCAAUACAAGUUCGUCUACCAAGUCCUCAUCCAGUUUCUCCAAAACUCCAGACUCAUUUAACCCCCAACCAUGCUCGCCCAGUGGGGUGCGGAUGGCCGGAGCCGGCAGGCCACAGGCUCCCUGAAGAUGGGGGCCAAGAUUAUUCAUAAACAUCGUGUGUUAUUUUAUACGAGAUAAUUUAUUUUUUUUCCUCUUUGGAGUAACUUUUGUGAAUCACUGUAAUGCAGUUUUUACAUUAAUGUAGUACUUGUCAUUUGAACCACAUUUUGACUGAUCUGCAUUGUAACACUUCAGUAGAGGAGGUUGCCUGGUGAUCAUUGGGGAGACAGGGGCAUAAGGGAACACAUCUCUGUGAAGUUGAAGCCAGAUUUAUAACCAGCCCCGAAAUUCAUCAGCUUAAUUGCUUAUGUCCAAAUUAGAGAUGGCAAGAAAAAUGAGCUCAUCCUAAAAUGUAAAGAUAAGGACCAAGACCCCUUCUUGAAGGAAAAAAAAACACUGCUCUUGUAUUUUGUGCCCAUGAGCCUUGAUGGGCAGAUUUCUGCCUUCUUCCUUUCUGUCCUCACCUCAGCAGACUCCUCCCCUCCCCCAGCCUGGAGUUAGGGACAGGGCCCUCGCCCAGGCUGAAUGAUGGGACCUUUCUCAACCACUCCCUGUUCUCGGCCCUGGAGCCCGUGUUUCCUUGCCUGGGGGCUGCAGCCUCGGUAUUUGCUACUUCUCCCCAUUUGCUCGGUGGGCCCCAGGUUGGUGGCCUUUGAGACCCGGGCCAGGCGGUCCGUGCAGCGAGGCCCCUUGACCGAUUGAGAGAAGAGAAUGGACCAGAGUGAGGAGAAAUAGGAGAUGUAAGGCCCUUGAUACUGUAUUUAAAUAUGAUGUGUGUGCUGGUCGGAGGCCGAGCGGUCGAGGUGCUGGCUGUGUUCUGUCUUCGCAUCAGUCACUACGUCAUUGGAAAUAUUAUAAAAGAAACAGUUGGGAAAGCUGAUUUAUGGGGGGGUUUUGGCACUCGGCAGGGGCCCUGGCCAGGAGCCGCACCAAGCGUGACCCCACAGUGCCGGUAUCCUCUCUGGGCUUUGGUCUGUGAGGGCGGAGCUAGGCCCACUCAGGUCCUGUAGUCCAGAUCUCGGCCCGCGUGAUGGACGAUGGUGGGAUUCACCUCGCGCAGGGCCCUGUGCUGGUCUCCUCCAUAAACCUGCUCUGGCCGCCUGGGCUGUUAACGCCGCGUCGGUGUGAAGCUCGGCCUCAGCUGGUCUCUUCCUGCGCCGUCAUCACUGGCCACUGUCCUGAAUUUCUGAAAUUAGCACAUAAACACAUCAUGUUCCACUCGCUUUCCCUCUUGCUAGUUUUUCUUGAACGCAACUUUUAAAUCGUGGUUUUGUUCUUAGACUUGAUUACCGUAUUCCACCACGCCUUCCUCCAUUGCUGGUUUUUUUGUUCGUUUUUGUUUUUUGGUUUCUUUGGUCUUCUUCUGAGCUGAAAAUACAAAGAAUGGCAUCAAGGGAACCAGAGAGAAGAGCGUUCACAUAUCCGCAGACGGGUGUGGACGCGGUUCCGAUGAACUACGUGGGCACGCGGACCAACUCCGUGUCACGUGCGGCCAGCUGUUGCCGUGAUGAUUCUUAAUUAUUGAGACUCGGAGCAUCUGGUCACGGAGGGCUGUCUGUCUGCUGCUCCAAGGUCGGAAGAAUCAGGCAAGGAAUGUAAUAACGUCAGCUGAGCUCUGUAGAUUCCGGGAUUGUGGUGUGUGUUUUGAAAAAGAAAACCAUUAGCAUGGCAUGCGUUUCCUGUGGAACAGAGCUCACGACCCUGGCGGCGAGACACUCAGAACUCGGGUCGUUGACAGGGGAGGAGGUAUUUGCUUCCUUUCCUUCGAGACCAUCCGUCCUUGGGAUGCUCUGCUGUGAGGAUGUUUUAACAGUGGGUCUGCAGUUGACUGCUUUAUUGUUCGAUGAGCAGCAUCAGUAUUUCUCUUCCGUCUCUUAGGCCCCAGCGAGGGCCCUGUUGAAAUGUCUCACGAGGGCAGUGUGUAGAUCUGCUGUCUCUUUGAGCUCAUCACUCGUGGUUCUCUGGUUCUCCCUUCAGCCCGUCCGCCGUUGCCGCCUCCUGCCAUGGAAAUGUUAAUUAAUGCACAAAAUGCAGGGAAGUAGGACGCUUACUAUCCAAUUUCCUAGCCAGAGUUUGUGUUGAAACCCAAAGGAGAAUGUUUAAAAGUUAUUCCACAUCUUUCCUUUUU